AUGCGCCCCACACAGCUGCUCCUUUCGGGGCGUUCUGCAUGGAAGGGACCAUACUUCGUUGCAUUUCCCAACCUCCGCGAGGCCCUCGAGAACCACGUCCCAAUCCAGACCAAGGCCCGCGCCUGCACCAUCCUGCCCACGUUCGUCGGCAUCCGCUUCCUCGUCCACAACGGACGCGACUACGUGCCCGUAAUGGUGACGCAGGACAUGGUGGGCCACAAACUGGGGGAGUUCUCGCCGACGAAGAAGCGGUUUAAGUUCGGGAAAAAGUAG